AUGCUUUUCCGCAACCUACGGGCAAUCCAGCUGCUUGUAGCCCUACUUGCCCUGGUGCAAUCAGGAUGCUGCCAGGACACCACCGAGAUCCUCGUCGAAAAGCUUCAAUGGACUGCUCCACGAAAAGAACUGACCGCACAUUUUCUCGAAAACACCAACGGGCCAUGGGAGCAGCUCUCGACCCUGUUGGGGACUUACGAUUUGUCCAACAUUACAAAAGACCAGAUUAUCUUGCCAAUGUAUCCCUCACCGUGGACCAACAUCUCAACAAUCUGGUGGACUAGAGUUGUUGACUACCAGAAGAUGGAAGAGUUUUACCGAGAGAAUCGCUGGGUAACAGGUUACGUUGCCUCAAGUUGGGAUCCUUCCAUCCAAGCGGGUGCCAGGCUGCCGGACUGGGAUCUAUCUAUGCCAUACGGCAACGGCAACCUUACAGAAUUCCUCCACGUCAAAACCCCUCUUAUUGCCCUCAACCACUCCAAGCUGUACCUAGAAGCCGAGAUUGCCAUCGAGUUUACACACGGAGAUAUGCUUGCUCUUGCGCCCCCUGGAGAUGGAGAACCUGGUUCGCGCAGCAUUAUCCAGCAGGUCAAAGACGCCGGCCGAAUCCGCAGCAACUCCUUUGGACUGUACGUGGGACGACCGGACUGGAAGUUGCCCGGCAAGAUGUUCCUGGGAGGAUAUGACAGUAACCGGAUAAAGGGGGACUUUCUCAUGUUCGACACCAUGGACCAGCCCGAGUUCGUCCAUCAGGGCUAUCUUCCGCGAUUGUACCUGAGUGACGUAACAUUGGGCUCCUUUGAGAAAUCUCGAGACGGGUUUGCCUUUGACUGGGCCACCCGCGAGAGCCCCAACCGGACCAUCAUGGGCGAGAUAUCCGAGUCCAGUCGAAUGACCAAUUUGAGUCUCUUGCAACUUCCCCGACCGGCAGCACCCGAGAGGAGGCAAUUUUUUGAAGUCGAAGGGCACAUACCUGGCGCUGCGUUGGUUGUGCCGGACCCGACGAUACCCCACAUAUACCUGCCCCCGAACACCUGCGACAACGCGGCGAAGGAUCUUCCGAUUCACUGGGAUGACAGGCUCAAGCUUUGGCUGUGGGACACGUCCGACCCCGGGUAUAAACGCCUCAUGAAGGCUCCGGCAUAUAUGGGGUUUACCUUGCAGAACGCGUUCAGUCCCGGAUCUGUCAAGGUCAAAUCGCUCACGAUCCAGGUACCCCUGUGGCUUCUCGACAUCGAAAUGGACACCCGGCUCAAUGGCAUUGACGCGAAACUUCGGUACUUCCCCUGCAAGUCAGCAGAAGCUUGGGAGGGCUACUAUAAGCUAGGCCGCGCCUUUCUUCAGUCUGCCUUUCUCGGCGUCAACUACGACGACAAUUUGUUUUACAUGGCGCAGACAAUUGGUCCCGACGUAUUUGACCCCAAGGAGAGGUUAAUAAGUUUCCGCCCUGAAUUUCAGGAGCAUGCCGGGAAGCACGACAGGGACGCGGAGUGGAUUCAGUAUUGGGCCAGCUACUGGAAUCGCGAUGACGAUGACCGAGGAUGA